UUUCCCGAAGAGGCGCCAUCCGAGGAGGGCAAGCCAGUAAGCCGCUAUCGCGCGGUUCGGCAGGACCGAGGAAGAAGCAUCUCGACCUUUUUCGUCUUCCCGGACACGAACGAGGCUCACCAGGUCUCUAAAUCCAGCCUAAUGUCUCGCCGAACCUCGGUAACGAUGAAUUCGACCUCUCGACCACGCGAAAAGGGUAUACUUAUCAGGAGAAUUCCCCAAAAAGCAUAACGUGGACGCCCAGGGACGAGAUUUGCGACCAACGUGCCAGGGCGUAGGAAAGUUAAACGUCGAUCUACAAGACGAUGAGCCAUGUACUCGCGGAUUUAUCGGUGGAUUUUGACCCCCCGGGUGACCAACCGCCCGAGGGAAGUGCCCUCUUUCGACGUCCCCUGGAUCCGGCACUGCCAGCUAUGAUUAAAAUUGUCGUCGACGCGCCGCGUGGCGUAGCGUGGAGACACGUCCCGUGGGCCAUGGACUCCUAGCUUAGGAAUAUAUGCGGAGAUAUAGAAACGCAGCGUGCAUCCGUAGAGUGUAAACGGGCCUUAACCCCUCCUUUUCGCGGUCUCCUGCCAGUCGCGCACCCCACGCGACUCGACUGGACACGUCUGGACCCGUUCGAGACUUGCGGACGUUUUCGGACUAUCGCGGAUGUCGUCUCCAUGCUCGAGAACCUCUACGGACGGUUGCGAAUGCGUCGGAACUCUUGCUAACGUCUUUGGAUGCUUCUUGCGCCUCGUUCUCCGCGAUCAACCGUUCCGCUAUGUGGCAGGAUGUAACCCAGGUUGUAACGCAGUUUACGGGACAUUUUGCCCUUUAUUCGGUGAAACGCAGUAAGAGAGCCUCGACCAUGUUUGCUCCUAUGCGUAGUACCUAGAAUCAUGUUAUCACUUACGAGUAAGUCACGUUUCGGUUAACUCGGGAUUCUACGUUGGGCUACUUUCAUCCUCUUUCGGGGAACAAUUGGCACGGUUCCGCUCUAUUCUUUUCCCUUAGUACCAUGAAAUCUAUGUUCGAUUUGGGACUGGCUGUAAUGUAACACCUCGCUCUCCGUAAAAUUUCAUGCGACAAGGCCGUCGGCGAUAAUCUAGAGAGCAUUCCCACAGUGGCGUGUACCGUGUAUACGUGUGCCGUAGAAGUGGGUAAUCGACCAAUGUCACGACAGGGGGGAGCUUCUUUCUGUUCGUGAACACGAGUUUCGUCGCGUGCUUACUCGGUCCGUAUGCCAAAUUUCUUUUUUUUAAACGAGGGAAAGGAUCAUUGCGGAACUGCGUUAUAUGGUCGCCUUUCAUAUUAUUUUUACGCGUAACCAGACAAUGGACACCUCGCUUCACGACAGCUGUGCUCGUCGUUGUUGGGAAUUUAAUUUGUUAGGUUAGAAAGCGACAUCACAUCUAAGGCUGGCUCCGAUGAUGUUGUCGAUUUACGCUCCAUGAUCGCAGUCCUGGCCUCUGUAGAGAGAAUUCAUUAUUCGGAAUCAUAGGAACGUGAUUGCGGUUGACAUCGGCGGACGUGCCAUCUCGGAGGGGGCAACGUUUAUAUAUGUGGAGUGUAACGCUCGUGCAUCAGCGCCAUCUUCGUUUUAAGAAAUUCCGUUUCGCGAACUACAUCACUCGACGCGAUAUUUCCCCCCACUUGGCGAACAGCGACUUUGGUCGACUCGUUUCUGUAAAAAAAUGGUCUCUUCCUGUUUUAUUUCGCUUUAUUCCGUGAUGCAUUAUGCUUUGUAUUUCUUGCCCCUUAAACAAUUGUUUCUCUGUGUCGCUCUGGUGAAAUAUCACGCUCAAGGUAUCUCCUUCGACUUCCGCGCCACUUUCGUGGAACUACUGUAGACUCUUCCCGAUUUAAUUAUCUAUUCUAGCUUAUAGGUGACUUACCAAAUAGUCCUACCGUCCGCGCCGUUUAUUUCCAGUUUAUUUCUAACCUCUGCGCGUAUUCAGUGUUCCGUUCCUAAUUCUAGGCUGUGGUAUUUUUUCUCGUCUUAGAUUUAAUUCCGUACAAUGUCGACAUCGAUGCCGCACGUAGAAUGGGAUUUAGAUUUAAGUAAUGCUGGUCGUGGAGUGUGGCUUGUUAAAGUUCCUAAGUAUAUAGCAAACAAAUGGGAAAAAGCUCCAGGCAACAUAGAAGUCGGAAAGCUGAAGAUAACAAAAAGCCCUGGACAGAAAGCUGAAGUAUCCCUUAAACUUUCAGAAGCAGUCUUAGCUCUGAAAGAGGUUGGAGAAGAGGAUAUUCCUAAACAACAUAGGCUAGAUGUUACGACGGUGACUCGUCAAACAUUAGGCGUAUUUUCUCACUUAACACCCGUAAGCAGUUCAGAUGCGAUUGUCCCAGAAACUGAAAAGCUAUUUAUGGAAGGAAGAAUUGUACAGAAGCUAGAAUGUCGUCCAUAUGCGGAUACGUGUUACAUGAAGUUGAAAUUGGAAAGUAUAAAGAGAGCAUCGGUACCGCAAAGGCAAGUUCAACAACUGGAUAGGGUGGUGCACAACUUUAAACCAGUAUCAGAUCACAAGCACAAUAUUGAGUAUGCAGAAAAGAAAAAGGCUGAAGGUAAAAAGAUGAGGGAUGACAAGGAUGCUGUGAUGGACAUGCUGUUCGCUGCUUUUGAAAAACAUCAGUAUUAUAAUAUAAGAGACCUGGUGAAAAUUACCCGGCAGCCUAUCGUUUAUUUAAAGGAAAUCUUGAACGAAGUAUGUAAUUAUAACUUAAAGAAUCCUCAUAGAAAUAUGUGGGAAUUGAAACCUGAAUACCGACACUACAAAGAUGACGACAAACCUGCUGAAGGCAGUGCAUCAAAGGCUGACGACUCUGACAAUGACUAAUUGUCAUUGAUGUAUAUUUAUACAUAUAUAUUUACUGCACAUACUAGAUAAUAAAAUAUAAAAUUAAUUUUAAGACUCAAAAAUUGCAACAGAUUGUAAUAAGAAUUUAAGACAUUUUCUAAGGCUGUGUAUUACAUAUUUUUUACAGUUAAGUAUGAAAUUGUCUAUACAUAGAUGACUGGCUAAGACAGGAAGAAUGGGGUUUGUAAAGUUAUUGACAUUUUAAUGAAGGUAAUUUAUUAUUCUACAGAUCUUAACAUUACAUGCACUCAACAUUUUAGGAAAUAUGUUAUCUGCUGGUAUCAGGUACUUAUUUUGUUUGUGCUUCACCACAUGCACAGACAUUUUAUUAUAAAUAUAAACAUAAUUCUACCUCUAUUCACAAUACAUACAUAUAACAAUUAUCGAUCUUGGUUGUGGACUUUUCAACCUGCAAAUGCACAGAUUGAAAUAGUGGAAUGUAUAUGAAGCAAAUAUAUUAUUUAUGACUGA